GCUGGAGCAGCAGCUGCAUUCUGCAUUUCCCUGAAGUAUUCCAUGACUUCCACUCCUUGCAAACUUUAUCAUCUUUUGUUGCAGUGAGUCAGAGGAAGAAACCAUGAGGCAGAAAGGACCACAGAAGGGACCAUGGAAACAGAAAAAUACAAUAACAGAAGUCUAAGCUGGCCAUGAAUAGAACAGUGCGUAUUUCAGAAAAUACACAAGCUUGUAUUUCCUCCUCUAACCAAGAAAUCAAUAUGCAGAGCAAGGGUACAAUCAUAAGCAUCCAAUUUCUCUUGCGGUUUCUUCUGCUCUGGGUGCUCAUUGGGAAGUCACACACGGAAGAAGACAUCAUAAUUACAACCAAGAAUGGAAAAGUCAGAGGGAUGAACUUGCCAGUUCUUGAUGGCACGGUGACAGCCUUUCUGGGAAUUCCCUAUGCACAGCCACCUCUUGGUAGACUUCGAUUCAAAAAGCCACAAUUCUUGACCAAGUGGUCCGAUAUUUGGAAUGCCACAAAAUAUGCAAAUUCUUGCUAUCAGAAUGCAGAUCAAAGUUUCCCAGGCUUCCCUGGAUCAGAGAUGUGGAACCCAAACACUGAUCUCAGUGAAGACUGUUUAUACCUGAAUGUGUGGAUUCCAACACCUAAACCAAAAAAUGCUACUGUAAUGAUAUGGAUCUAUGGUGGUGGUUUUCAAACCGGAACAUCAUCUUUACCUGUUUAUGAUGGCAAGUUUCUGGCUCGGGUUGAAAGAGUUAUUGUAGUUUCAAUGAACUAUAGGGUGGGUGCCCUAGGAUUCUUAGCUUUACCAGGAAAUCCUGAGGUACCAGGGAACAUGGGCUUAUUUGAUCAACAGUUGGCACUACAGUGGGUCCAAAAAAAUAUAGCAGCCUUUGGUGGAAAUCCUAAAAGCGUAACUCUCUUUGGAGAAAGUGCAGGGGCGGGUUCAGUUAGCCUUCAUUUACUUUCUCCUAGAAGCCAGCCAUUGUUUACCAGAGCCAUUCUGCAAAGUGGAUCCUCUAAUGCCCCUUGGGCAGUAAUGUCUCUGGAUGAAGCCAAGAACAGAACACUGACCUUAGCUAAAUUUAUUGGUUGCUCUAAAGAAAAUGACACAGAGAUAAUCAAAUGCCUUCGAAACAAAGAUCCCCAGGAAAUUCUACUGAAUGAACUAUUGGUUGUCCCCUCUGAUACUCUUUUAUCUGUAAACUUUGGUCCAGUCGUGGAUGGUGAUUUUCUCACUGAUAUGCCAGACACACUACUCCAACUUGGACAGUUCAAAAAAACCCAGAUCUUGGUGGGUGUUAAUAAAGAUGAAGGGACAGCAUUUUUAGUAUAUGGUGCUCCUGGUUUCAGCAAAGAUAAUGACAGUAUCAUAACUAGAAAAGAAUUUCAAGAAGGCUUAAAAAUAUAUUUUCCAGGAGUGAGUGAAUUUGGAAGGGAAGCGAUUCUUUUUUAUUAUGUGGACUUGUUAGAUGAUCAGAGAGCUGAAAAGUACCGUGAGGCCUUGGAUGAUGUUCUUGGGGAUUACAAUAUCAUAUGCCCUGCAUUGGAGUUCACCACAAAAUUCUCAGAAUUGGGAAAUAAUGCCUUUUUCUACUAUUUUGAACACCGAUCUUCCCAACUUCCUUGGCCAGAAUGGAUGGGAGUGAUGCAUGGUUAUGAAAUUGAGUUUGUCUUUGGUUUGCCUCUGGAAAGAAGAGUUAACUACACAAGAGCUGAGGAAAUUUUGAGCAGAUCCAUCAUGAACUACUGGGCAAAUUUUGCAAAAUAUGGAAAUCCAAAUGGAACCCAGAACAACAGCACACGAUGGCCUGCCUUCAGAAGCACCGAUCAAAAAUAUUUAACCUUGAAUGCAGAGUCACCAAAAGUAUACACUAAACUACGCGCUCAACAAUGCCGAUUCUGGACACUAUUUUUUCCCAAAGUCUUGGAAAUGACAGGAAAUAUUGAUGAAGCAGAACGAGAAUGGAGAGCAGGAUUCUAUCGCUGGAACAAUUACAUGAUGGACUGGAAAAAUCAAUUUAAUGAUUAUACUAGCAAGAAAGAAAGCUGUGCAGGUCUCUAAUUAAUAGAUUUACCCUUUAUAGAAUGUUCAUUUUCCUACAGAUCAAGGUAAAAAUAUCACUAGCUCUCUUACACACCAUGUAAGAAAGCUAUUAUACUCCUGAAACAAAAAUGCCAGAAGGAUAAUAUCGAUUCCUCACAUCUUUCACUUAGUAUUAUACCUAGCAUUUCAAAACCCAAAUGGCUAGAAUAUGUUUAAUUAAAUUUCACAAUAUAAAGUUUGACAAUUAAUUUUAUGCAUAUUAAAAUGAUUUGUAGCUUCAAACUCUCU